CGCUUGUCGUGGAAGCGCACGAAGGCGAAGCCGCGGGACUCCUUGGUGUAGCGGUCCCGCGGGAUGUACACGUCGCCGACGCGCCCGUACUUCUCGAAGACGCGCCGCAGCGUGUCGGGCGAGGAUUGCGGGGCUCACCCAGGAAGAGCUGACUGUCCGGGGCCGCUGCUGACCCGCGGCCGAGCGGAGCCAACAUGUCCCCGGAAUCCAAAAAGCUCUUCAACGUCAUUAUCUUAGGAGUGGCCUUUAUGUUUAUGUUCACUGCCUUCCAAACUUGUGGGAAUGUGGCGCAAACUGUCAUCAGGAGCUUAAAUAGCACAGAUUUUCAUGGCAGUGGAUAUACCAGCAUGGCUAUUAUUUAUAGCGUGUUCUCCGCUUCAAAUUUGAUUACGCCGUCAGUGGUCGCUAUCGUUGGCCCCCAGCUCUCCAUGUUUGCCAGUGGCUUGUUCUACAGCAUGUACAUUGCCGUUUUUAUCCAGCCUUUCCCAUGGUCCUUCUACACAGCGUCUGUUUUCAUUGGAAUCGCAGCUGCUGUACUUUGGACAGCACAAGGAAACUGCCUGACAAUAAAUUCAGAUGAACACACUAUUGGGAGAAACAGUGGAAUUUUCUGGGCACUCCUGCAGUUUAGCUUGUUCUUUGGAAAUCUCUACAUAUAUUUUGCCUGGCAAGGGAAAACUCAAAUAUCAGAGGGUGACCGGAGAACGGUAUUUAUCGCUUUAACUGUGAUCAGUCUUGUGGGGACAGUUUUGUUCUUUCUCAUUCGGAAACCAGAUUCGGAAAAUGUCCUUGGAGAAGAUGAAUCUUCUGGGGACCAGGACCUUGAAGUCAAUGAGUCUGCCCAGAGCAAUAUGACAAAGGCAGUAGAUGCAUUUAGAAAGUCUCUGAGGUUGUGUGUCACCAAGGAGAUGCUGCUUCUCAGUGUCACAACUGCUUACACAGGUCUGGAAUUAACUUUCUUCUCUGGUGUAUACGGAACCUGUAUUGGUGCUAUGAACAAGUUUGGAACAGAAGAGAAAAGCCUGAUUGGACUUUCUGGAAUCUUCAUCGGCAUUGGAGAAAUUCUCGGUGGAAGCCUCUUUGGCCUGCUGAGCAAGGAUAAUCGUUUUGGUAGAAACCCAGUGGUGCUAUUGGGCAUCGUGGUGCACUUUAUAGCUUUUUACUUAAUAUUUCUCAACAUGCCUGGAGAUGCCCCGAUUGCCCCUGUGGAGGGUACCAACAGCAGUGCCUACAUCAGACCCAGCAAAGAAAUCGCCAUCCUCUGCAGUUUCCUGUUGGGCCUGGGAGACAGCUGCUUCAAUACCCAGCUGCUCAGUAUCCUGGGCUUCCUCUACUCCGAAGACAGUGCUCCAGCCUUUGCUGUCUUCAAGUUUGUGCAGUCCAUCUGCGCAGCCGUUGCGUUUUUCUACAGCAACUACCUUCUCCUUCACUGGCAACUCCUGCUCAUGGUGGUGUUUGGGUUCUUCGGAACAAUUUCCUUCUUCACUGUGGAGUGGGAUGCCGCUGCCGUCGUGGCCCGGGGCUCCGAGUACCGAAGCAUUUGAUGAGGCACGGGAAGGAGGCGCGCACCGUCGAGACCACGGCUGCUCCCAGAGCCGGCUGCCGAGGCCGCCUAGCAUGUCCACAACACACGGGUGACGCUGAGUGUGGAAAAUCAAAGACCGAGGCGCCCAUCAGACAGAGUUGGUACUAAAGCUUACAGCCGCUAGCUGCUUAACAAGCGGAAUAAGGGAAUCCUGGUCUGUGGUCAUACUUGUUCAAAGAUGCUGUUUUCUGAUUCACCCAUCUCUAGUUCUUUAUAAUCAUGUCAGACAGUGCAAAGGUUUCUUCCGUCUCCUGCGCGCACUGAGCGAUCCCGCCAUUGUCCUGCAGAGAGCCUCGCCGGGCGGGGCGAGCUUGCUGCGCCACGCCACGCAGGCACCGGGAACCGGGAGACUCCAAAGACAAGGCUUCCACUUGAAGAGCUUUGCUCCGGAGGUCUCUUAGCUUCCUCAUAGCAGGACGGGCCAAAUAAGUGUGAGAAAGUGAAGUACGCAUUGUCUUGUCUUAAAACGUAAAUGCAACAUCUGUGACAAAAACAUUCGAAAAUUAAACCAAGGGAGGAGACUUUUGCUAGUCAUUUUCCUGAAAGACACAAUGCAAACAACAAAAGAACACAGCAAGUUAUAGGACCAAGUUAGACCCCACUCAGUCAUUGUGCUCCGGGGGUGGGCGGAACUAUUUGAGAAAAUGUUUAAACGCAAAUGUUAACUUCCUCCAUAAAAUUCUAAACAUUGCAAUAUAAUUCAGAAACCAUAAAAUUCACCAUUUUAAAUAGUA